AUGGAUAAAUCUAGAAUGGAUUUUACAGAGGAAGCAAAGGAAGCUGAAGCUGGGGUGACGAAGCAAGGAGCCUUUGAAGCCGCACAGAGAGUAAGUGAACUAGAUGUUUUCAAACAGGCAAAGACCGUUUUAGUAAACCCAGAUAAGACAUUGGAAUGCGUUAGAAUACUAGCCUUGGAGCAAGGUAAGCAGUUAGUGGUCCCUGUCCCUCGACUACAAUCUGGGUUAUUAACCAAAAUUGAUAUGCCUGAAACCAACUCCAAGUACCAUGUCCGCCGAGCAAUUACUCGUAGAGGAUUAAAUGAAGCUCCAACCGUUGAUUUAAACUCUGGUAUCAACAUUGACUUACUAAUCAUUGGAUCAGUAGCAGUGUCUCGCAAUGGCUUGCGAAUUGGUAAGGGUCGUGGAUACACUGAUCUUGAGUUUGCCAUUGUGCAACAUGUCAAAGCCUAA